AUGAAACGAGCUUGUGUAUUUGAUUAUGCAUUACAAGAAAAAUUAAAACCAAUGAUGAGUCAAUUAAAACCAUUACCAUCAAUUUAUUAUCCUGAUUUUAUUGCUGCAAAUCAAGAAGAUCGUGCAAAUAAUUUAAUACCAAAAGGAACUAAACAACAAGAUUUAGAACAUAUACGAAAUGAUAUUCGAACAUUUAAAAAAACUCAUAAUUUAGAACAAGUUAUUAUUUUAUGGACAGCAAAUACUGAACGUUAUGUUGAUGUUCGUCCAGGUUUAAAUCAAACAAGUGAUGAAAUUCUUCGAUCAAUUGCUGCAAAUGAAGAUGAAAUAAGUCCAUCAAAUAUAUUUGCUUGUGCUGCUAUAUUAGAAAAUUGUCCUUAUAUCAAUGGUAGUCCACAAAAUACAUUAGUACCUGGUUUAAUUGAACUUGCAACUAAACAUCAGGUUUUUAUUGGUGGUGAUGAUUUUAAAAGUGGACAAACAAAAUUAAAAUCAGUUCUUGCUGAUUUUCUUGUUUCAGCUGGUUUGAAACUUCAAUCAAUUGUUUCAUAUAAUCAUUUAGGGAAUAAUGAUGGAAAAAAUUUAAGUGCACCACAACAAUUUCGUUCAAAAGAAAUUAGUAAAUCAAAUGUUGUUGAUGAUAUGGUUGGAGCUAAUCAUUUACUUUAUAAUAAAAAAAUAAAUGAACAUCCUGAUCAUGUUGUUGUCAUUAAAUAUGUUCCUUUUGUUAAAGAUUCGAAACGUGCUAUGGAUGAAUAUAUAUCAUCAAUAUUUAUGAAUGGUCUUAAUACAAUAGCUAUUCACAAUACAUGUGAAGAUUCACUUUUAGCUUCACCAUUAAUUAUUGAUUUAGUUAUUUUAACUGAAUUAAUGACACGUAUUACAUAUAAAACAAGUGAUAAUGAAGAAUAUCAAUCAUUUGAAGCUGUUUUAUCAAUUUUAUCGUAUCUUCUUAAAGCUCCUAUGGUUCCACCUGGUACACCAGUUAUCAAUGCACUCUUUAAACAACAUCGUUGUAUAACAAAUAUUCUUUCAGCAUGUGCUGGUAUUGCUAUGGAUACAGAUAUGUUAUUAGAACAUAAGACAAGUUUACCUAAACCAAUCAAACUUCAACUUUAA